CAGCUGCAUGACAGAAGUGUGAAAACCAGAGGAGCUUUCCGUAGGCUUUCCCACGCUCGUCCGCUGCGACAACCUGCUGCCCCCUCAACCCCUUAGCACACACAGGUGGCUGCCACUGAGGCAACAUGGACAGGGAGGGGACGCUGGUCCGGUCUAUUUACUAUGGGAGUAUUGGAAGCGAGGCCACGGAGAGGCUGCUGGAGAGGUUCGGACAUGAGGGCAGUUUUCUGCUGAGAGACAGCGAGACUUUGCAGGGGGCCUACUGUCUGUGUGUGAGGAAAGCACCGUUUGUGCACACCUACAGGCUAAUGCGCUUCGCUGACGGCUGGUGUCUUCAGCAGCAUUCAGGUGUCGGACUGCGGGGUUUCGGGACUCUGGAAGCACUGAUAGAGGGCUACAGAAGGGCUGCAGCCUCUGAUGUCAGGAUACCCCCCCUCACAGUCCCUCUGGACAAGACACAGCUACAGUACAUCAGCCCUGGACAAGUGUUUGUCUACAUGGAAACGUGUGGAGGCGGCAGCAGCAGCAGCUCCAUCUGUUGAGGCCGCGCCUGUUGCCUUGCAGACCAACACCAUUACAUGCAAGCUAACAGAAGCAUGUACAUCAAAGAUCUGUACUGUGUACUGACUGCCAUGUUCUUUAUUUUAAAUGUUAUCAAUGUCUGUAUCCGUUUAAAGAACGUACACAGUGUGUGUUACUUUAGAAGGUUAUGAAAAAGAGGCAAGGUUUACAAACCUGCAACGUCCCGUAGAUUUAUUUCCUUUAAAGUCAUUGAAAUGGCGAGUGUGGGAACAUAGCAAAAAUAAAAUAGAUGCUGUGCAAAUAUAUCACUCACUAUCUCUGCUGCAGUGGUUUCAGUGUGUGAGGAAGGCUGUGUUUUCCUGUCAGCCUCAGCCUUAAUCUAUUAAUGCAUAUGUGUGUAUUCUGGUGAUAUGUGUGUGGUAAAAAUAAAAGAGAGAUUUUGGGCACGGCCGCGGUCAUGCAUUGUGAUGC